AUGGGCAUCCGCGGUGUCCAGGGCGAAAGCCUUCAGCGUAUGAUCGCCGUCCUGGGAUCUGUUGCCUUUCUAGUCCAAGGAUACAAUCAAUCCGUGAUGAAUGGAUUCACUACACUGCCUAGCUUUCUGGAGGCCAUCCCCGAAGUCGAUACUGUUAACACGGUCGGGGCUCAGAAAUCGCACAAUACUACAAUCUUAGGCCUUGUGGUGGCUAUUUUCGAGCUUGGGUCUGCGAUCGGCGCCCUUUCUUGCCUUGCAGUUGGCGAUCGGCUUGGUCGUCCUAGGACAAUGCUGUUGGCUGGUUGUAUUGUUGUUGUUGGUGUCAUUAUCCAGGCAUCGACGUAUUCUUUGGGGCAGAUUCUGGCUGGGAGGAUCGUUACUGGCGUGGGCAUUGGUAUGUAUACGGGUACUGUCCCCAUGUACGUGAGUGAGACUGCCAGUGCGCCAAAACGCGGCCAGCUCGUUCUCGUCGAAGGCGUGUUCGCAUUGAGUGGUCUUGCGAUUGCCUCGUGGGUGAAUUUCGGCAUGUUUCAUACGACUGGCUCCGUUAGCUGGAGGUUUCCCAUCGCGCUGCAGCUGGUCUUCAUAAUCAUUCUUCUAUCUUUGACCCCCUUCCUGCCGGAAUCACCUCGGUAUCUUGUCAAGAAAGGAAGAAUUGAGGAAGCUUUGGCGGUCAUGGCUAGACUUAUGGGUCUUGAGCCUACGGCUUUGGAAGUCGAGAAGGAAAUUGCUGUGAUUAAUGCCGCACUUGCUAGAGAUGCUGGUCAUCGCAGCAAAUACUCGGCUAAUCCGUUCUCUAUGAAUGAGAAUAGACAUCUUCAUCGGCUGUUGAUCGCUGCCAGCAGUACCAUGAUUACUCAGAUGACUGGUAUCAAUGUCGUUGCUUUCUACUCGACCUCUAUUUUCGAAGGAACCCUCGGCUACUCUGGUAGCGAUGCAAGAAUCUUCUCCGCCUGUUUGCAGGUUACUCUCGCGCUUGGUGGACUGACUGCGGUCUUCACAGUCGACAGAUUCGGAAGGAGGCCCUUGAUGCUGUUCUCUGUAGCAUGCAUGUGCAUGGCCCAAGCCGCAGUUGCAGGCUUGACCUCGGAUAAGUCGAAUACGGCUGCCGGUAAAGCAGCGGUGUUCUUCUACUUCUUGGCCGAUUACACUCUCCCCAUUGGCAUGUUCAUGAGCACGUUCAUGUAUGGUGCUGAGGUUGCCCCUCUUGGUAUCCGGCACAUCAUUACUGCCUUCGGCGCUGCUUCUAGCUGGCUUUUCAAUUUCAUGGUGGCUGAAGUUACGCCUGUGGCUUUCGACAAUAUCGGCUGGAGAUAUAACAUUGUCUAUGCGGCUACCAGUGCGGCAGGAUGUGUUGUUAUUUUCCUGUUUUAUCCCGAGACUAGGGGCAGAUCUCUGGAGGAGAUUGAUGAGAUUUUCCUCCGAUCGAAGACAAUCUUCGAUCCUGUUCGGGUUGCGAAGCAGCUUCCUGUCGGACUUGACGUGAUGGAAAUUAUUGAUGCGUCAGCGAAGGAAGCUCCUCGAGAUGAUAUGGCAUGA